UCUCCUCUCCGUCGCGCCUCCUCCCGCCCAUGUUUUGGAUCACGGCAUAGAUCGCCACAAUGAGCACAGUUCCUGCACCGCAGCGCACCCCGCUUCGUCGCGUCUCGCAGGGGUCCCUCUUCCGCCUCUCGCGCUCGGGCGCAUACCCUGACGCGCCCCAUGGUCUCGGCUUCCUCGAGCCCGCGCUCGGAGAGCUACUGGACGAGGUGGAGGCUCUCAACAACAGCGUGCAGGCCAUGCGCAACCUUGGCGACGCUCUCAGCUCCUUCAAUGAAAGCUUCGCAAGCUGGCUCUACGUAAUGAACAUGAACGCUCUCACAGUGGACUGGCCUCAGGCACCGACUGCUGCAUCAUACGAGCUCGCGAAACGAAGAGCUGCAGAGGAAGACGCUGCUGCAGCCCAUGCCGCCGAAGUCGCCGCCAACCGCCCGCCCACACCCAUCUCUCCCGUUUCACGAACAACCGCCCCAUCUGCUGAUGAAGCCGGCAACGAGACCGUCCUCGCAAACGCCACCGCAGCCUCCGCGACCACCGCUGCGUCUGGCUCGAAGGUACCCGUGAAGAAGAAAGUGGGCAAGCCGAAGUUGACUACAAAGGAGAAGAGGGAGCGCGGCUUGCUCAUGGAGAAGGUCGCGAAUACCCUCCCGCUCGAGUAUCGUGGGAGCGAGCCGAACCUGAGGCGGUGGCUUGAACAGGUCAUUGAGGGCUUCUUGGACCGCCCGGGGAGGGGUGUCGGCAUCGUCGAGCUGCUGAAACCGCCCGACCUCAACCAGGCGCGUGUGAACAAGUGUCUGAUCGCGUUGGUGAACAGAAAGGUUGUACAGAAAGACAACAGCACCGGUGCUGUUCUAUACCACUGGCACGGAUUGCCGGCCUGAAAGAUAUACCCAUCGGAUGACAUGUAGCAUAGGCUGUAGCGCGAAUCCGUUUCCUGCCAUUUUCUCCAUCGUCUACCCAACGUCUACCCGACCACGCACGUAUUGUCAAUCUGACAUUCGACAUGCCCGCGGGCACUGUAGGGCCGCAUCCCCACAAGGCAGCAGCCGUUCCUAAUUUGAGUGUCUUAGCUGCUGCUGACCAC